AUGUAUAGGAAUCAAACUGCACAGCCGUGGUCCCCUACUAAAGAAAGUUUGAAAUUUAUCUUGUGCUUAAAGGCCAAGCGUAGUGUCAGUGUGUUAAAGGAGCAGGCCAAGGCUGCAGCCAACCAGAUCAAAGCUCGCACCAGCUCAGCUGCAGGCUCUUACAAAUCAAAGGCAGGGAAGAACUUGGAUGGAGGCAACAAGGGAGCCAAGGAUUUAAAGGAACCAGCCAAAAAGCAACCUGGCAAUCAGAGCAGGAUGGCUGCAGCUGACAGCAUGGCCGACAGCUUGAGUGAAACUGAGCUGCAAGUCAAUACAGAGGGAAAUAUGUAUGUGGAGGCCAGAACUUAUAUUAUCAUUGAGAUAGCCUUGGAAAAACCGCUGGUACCCAAAACAUCUCCAGAGGAAUUGGCCAGAAGGGUGAAAGCACUGAUCCGACCCAGACCUCUCCCUCCAGCGGGUCCUAGCAGAGCAGAAAGAGCAGUGCUUUACUUCCAUAGGCAGGUAGGCAAUGUGGUGACCCAUGUUUCAGACCAGUAUAAAGAAUUGUUUGAAGCAAGAUGCAAGCCAUUGAACGACUGCAGCUGGGAGCAAAUGAAGGUUCAGCUGAUGGGAACGCUCAAUGUCUCUGGGAGAUACUUCGCCUUCAAGGAACAGAUGAAGCAUGCAGUGGUGAGGCUUGUACGUGACAAGAUGCAGAGGACAGAGCCAUUCACUGACCCUCAGGAGCUAAAGGCUUUUGUCAGCAAGCUCUAUGUCUUCCUGGUGGAUGAGAUGCACAUAGCACUCAACAAGAUUUAUUCAGAUGACGUCGAUGAUGACUCUCCAGAUACGAUCCAGUUGAGUUCUUCUCAGCUCAGACAUUUUGCCAGGGAGGCUCAGCUUACAGGGGAUUAUCAGCAGGCUGUUCAGUACUACCAAGAGCUAGUGGUUAGGCAUCCCAGUGAGCCCUCCCACAAGUUUGAGUGGGGGAGCCUCUACAUGCUGACCGGAGACUACAUGAAGGCUAGAGAGUGUUUCCAUGAUGCCGUGUCCAUCCAGCAGGCACAUCAGUCCAGCCUGAUGAUGUGUGGAGUCUUGGCAGCGACAUUUGAGCAUUAUGAGGAGGCCCAGACCUUCCUGGAGCGAGCCACCAACAUAGACCCGCCCAGUGUGGUGGCCUGGACGCUGCUGGGUUUGCUCCAUCAGAGCCAGAACGAAACCAUCCUGGCUGAGAGGGCUUUUCUGGAGGCAGAAGAAGCAAAGAAGCAAACAGAGAGGGAGGAGGAGAAGAAAGAAAGAGACAAGAAAAACGAGAAGGAAAAAGACCAGCUGGAGGAAGUGGAGACAGCCACUCCUGCACUUCAGUCUCCCACUGUUAAUCAAGACCCAAAGUUUGUUGACCCGGACUCAGAGAUGCACGAGUCUUCAGCACAGAGUGUCAGCUCCAGAUCAGUUUCAGCACAAUUUUCCUCCACCAUUUACACAGAGGCUGUCCAGUUCCUCCUGCAGAACCAUGCCCUGCAGAUGGCAGAGCAUGCUCUGUCCCAGGAGCUACUGUGUUCAGAAGGUGGUCGCAGUGUCUCCUACCUCCUUCACCUGGCCAAGCUGCAGCUGCUCAAAGCUGACUACUGCAGUGCUGCUGCAAGCCUCAAGGAGGCACUGUUUCACAGCGAUCAGGAUGCGGAGGCGUGGGCUCUGAAUGGUCACUGUCACUACCUGCAAGGGGCAUUCAGUGAUGCCCAGGAGAGCUACGAGCGGAGCCGGAACUUCCUGCAGCAGCCACCAGACUCUCACCUUGUCCUCCUCCGCAUGGGAUCCAUCUACCUCCAGCAGGGGAAGUUUGAGCAAGCCAAAGUGGUCUACCUGCAGGCUUGUGAGCAGUCUCCGUCCUGCCUGACCUGGCUGGGCCUGGGCACCGCCUGUUACUGGCUGGAGGAGCUGUGUGUAGCAGAGGAAGCUUUUACUGAGGCCAACCAUUUGAACAACCAGAAUGCAGAGGUGUGGGCUUACCUGGCUCUGAUUUGCCUCAGGUCUGGCAGAGAAGAGGAAGCAGAGCAGUUUUAUAAAUAUGCAAUAAGGUUCAACUUGCAGAAGGAGUCACUCCUCAACGAGUUCAAUGAGCUGAAGAAUCAGCUCCGCUUCAGUAAUCUGGUUUCAUGCUUUGGAACAAGCUCUGAAGCAGGGCUUUAAAUCACAUCACCAACACUUUAAAAGACAUUUUAUUGUAUUUUAACCAUUUAUAUGUAUUAACACUUAUUGUGAGAUGCACGAUUGGUCAGAUUUUACACAGUGGAAAUCGAUAAGUGGCCAAGUCAUAAUAAAGUUAAGCCCUGUUCAAUAUUGACAGUACAAACAAACUCAAAGCAACACAAAGUCUUAAAUGUAUAUAAAACAACUGCAAUAUGGUCUUUUUUAAAAAUGUACAGCAUUAACAAAAGAAAAGAAAAAAGGGCAUGUGGUGACUGGUAUCAACAAUACCUUAAAAAAUCAUUAUCUCACUUUUCAUUAAUUUUUAUCAUCUAAACACUAAAACAAGCCUCCUGAGACAUUCUGGCCUGGCUAUUCUGAAAAAUCUUAACAGAUUUUGGCACAAUCCUCCUUUUUGGCUGUAUUUCCUGUCAGUUAUAUUUAUAAUAAAGUGUUGCAAGUCAUAAAUUUCAGGCCAGAAUGUAUUUCUUAUUUUAAAUUUGGAAAUUAGUGCUCACAAUAUGUAAUUGGUUUUUUUACUGCAAAUGUAUUUUAAAUGAACUCCCUGUACUUUUAAAAAACACUGUAUUGACGUGGCCAAUUUUUCCAAUUUUAUGGAGUUUCAAAUGUAAACUUUGUAUCAUUUGUAACGUUUCCUUUCCAUAUGGGUAUUUUAUUUUAUUGUGCCAUCUUUACACUAGUUCUGGCCUCUUUGGCAUCGUGCUCUGCUGCAGUGAGAUCACUGUCUAACUCGAGCAAAGACUUCUCGCAGCCACGGUGAAUCUUCGUAGAGGCGAGGGUCACCCAGAUACUCUGAGGUCCUCUUGUAGAAGUAGUAGUACAACACAGAAGCUGUGAACAGGAAAAUACUAUAUGUGAGGGGGUUUAACAUACAUACAAGCAAAAAUAUACAGAAAAUACACUUGUUUCCACCUUUUCAUCAAUUUCAUCAUGCUCUGAAUGAGACUAUCCUGGUCCCAUAAAUUGUUUCUGUCCUGGACGCUCUUAUAUUAAAAAGAAUCCGACCAUC